AUGUCACCUGCCGUAGCACUUCCCUUUGCGAAGAAAGCCAUUGCAAUCACCGGCGCCGCUCGUGGAAUCGGUUUCGCAAUCGCCCGCUACCUCGCCGAACGCGGCGCAAAUCUCGCUCUAGCUGACGUCGAACGGGAACAGCUUGAGGCCAGCGUCAAGGGCCUCCGGCACGACUUUCCCGACUCUAAAAUCACUUCCACCGUCGUCAAUGUCUGUUCCUCCAAGGAGGUUGACUCCUGGAUCAAUGACACCGUCGCCACGUUUGGUGAGCUCAACGGUGCCGUCAACAACGCCGGGAUCAUGGGCAAAUGGGGCAAUAUAGACACGAUCGAAGAUGAAGACUGGGACCGUUUGAUGAACAUAAACGUUGGCGGAGUAAUGCGAUGCAUACGUGCUGAGUUGAAGGUUCUUACCGAAGGAGGCAGUAUCGUGAACACGUCCAGUGUGGCCGGCUUGAAAGCGUCUAUCGCGCUAGCGCCGUAUGUCACGAGCAAGCAUGCGGUUAUAGGGUUGACGAAGUGUGCAGCUUUGGAGGCAGCUGGAAAGCGCAUCAGGGUCAAUGCUGUGUGCCCGGGACCGAUUGAGACACCAAUGCUAGUGGAGGUUAUGAAGGGCCCCCCACUCCCGGGGCCGCCUAUUGCGAGGGCAGGCAAGCCUGAGGAGGUCGCCGCACUGGUAGGGUAUCUGCUAGGCCCGGAAAGUCUGUAUACGACUGGUGCUUGUAUUCCUGUCGACGGUGGGUUUGUUUGUUGA